AUGUACUCGACAAGAUAUGCUUGCCGAGUCGAGCUGCUACAGGAAAGCGUUGCAGAUAACAUCUUGCAGGAAACUUUUGCCAGUGCAAAGCGCCAGGCCAGACAACACCUGCUCCUCGAUUGGGAGCACUUGGACGAAUCGCGCGCGGCCAUCCAAGAAGUCGUCGUGGUGGUUCGACCCUAUCUCGAGGUGUGGCUAGAGAACGUAGUUGGCCACUUCACCUACAGGGUAACUCAGGUGCUCACCGGGCAUGGAUGCUUCGGGGAAUACCUGAGUCGCAUAAAAAGGAGCCGACGACAGUGUCACCAGAGUGGCGCGGCCAGCGACUCGGUGGAGCACACCGUGAAGGAGUGCCCACGGUGGGCAAAAGACCGCCGAGCGCUGGUCGACGCGAUUGGACCGGACUUGUCCCUGGAGGGCCUAAUGCAAGUAUUGGCCUCCGGAGACAAAGACCGGCGAGAGGCAGUGAUCUCUUUCUGCUCCAUUGUGAUGUAG